AUGAAACUGCGGCUCAAAUUUGGAAGUCAGUUUAAAGUGGCUGAGGUGGACGAGGAGUCAUUGCUAGGCUCUCUGGUAGAAAAAGCAGCCUCCUUGUUUAACCUUACAACAAGUAACGUCCUCGUCAGCUUAAAUGCAACUGAUUUCUAUGCUUCCUCCGAUGGUCGAUUAAAACUGAAAGACAUUGGAAUUGUUUCUGGUGACAUAAUUUACGUCCAGUCUCUAGUUCAGUCGGACGACAUAAGGAAGGCCCGUUCUAGUGAGGUGUAUUGGCAGGCCUUUGAAAAAUUGUCGGAUUCCGUCAAGGAGCUGAAAUAUCCUUUAGAGGAAUUGGGCGUGAGAAUAGGUAUGGGUCCUCUGGAUGUCAGUGCAAGGAGUAAGAGCUUGAUGAGCCCUUGUGUUGCAGAAGCGACGUCCGAGUUAGUUCGUAUAGCAUACGCUUAUUGUUAUGGUGAUGAUGAUGUUCGAGCCUUAAUUACUUUCACCAUAUUCUCCUGUGGGGAUCUCAUGAGCUAUGCUGCAAGUGUUGCCAACUCUGAAAUCCGAAAACAAAUCGCCAUUAAAUAUGACAAUUUUUUCGUUGAUCCACAAAGAGUUGAUGCCGAUUCUCGGGGGAGUCUUUCCGUUAUUUAUAAAAAUCCACAAGAUCUCAUUAUCAAAUUGUCGGAUGAGCUUAUUGAACCUAUUCUAGUUGACAUCCAUGAAGAGUUCGUUCUCCCACCCCGUUUUGGACUAAUGAAUUUGCCGGAGGCAGUUUUGGUUAACAUUUUUGAUCGCCUUCCGUUGGGCGAUUUGGCCUGUGUCUCACUGUCUUCUCGCAAGGUGAACAGUUUCAUCAAUUUUUGUGAAGCGCUUUGGCACCGCAAGUUAAACCGCAUUGUUGGUUCCUCUCCUGCUGGUGUGAUAAACUCAGAAUUUUUGUCAGGCGGUUCAGCGGCCCUGUUUGGCAAAUGUCCAUCACUUUUGGCAUUCCGUAAUGUCUGUCUGGUCAGAAAAUCUUCCUCAAGGGUGCGCUUUUAA